GGUACGGCCAUUUUAUUGCUCCUUCGGCUUGUUUUCUGCACGUCAUACAAGUUUUCAAUUUUAUUCAUUUUCCAGUCAAAGAAGUUUAGUGAAAGUAAUUCAAAGUAUUUAACGAAAAAUCAGUUACAAAAUCUUCUAAAAUGGUAGAUAGAAUUGAUAUGGCAUUAGACGACAUCAUACAAGCAAACAAAAAAGGAAGAGGCGGCGGUGGUGGCGGUGGCGCUGGAAGAAAGUUUGGUGCCAAAAAACCUGGCCGUGGUGGAACUGGCUUCCGUAAUGGCCGUACCGGUGGGGUUCUGCGCGGAAGAAAUCGUGGAGGCGUAUCUAAACCUACUAAUUACACAAGGGGUGAUGUAAACAGCACAUGGAAACAUGACAUGUACAAUGAAUUUAGCGACAGGAAUAUUCAGAGGAGCACCCCGCUCACUACAGGGCCGACCAAGCUCCUCGUAUCAAAUUUGGAUUUUGGAGUUUCAGACUCUGAUAUACAAGAACUUUUCUCAGAGUUUGGCAUGUUAAAAAGUGCUGCAGUACAUUAUGAUAGAUCUGGAAGAUCGCUGGGGACUGCAGAUGUUGUAUUUGACAGGAAGUCAGAUGCAUUAAAAGCUAUGAAACAAUAUAAUGGUGUACCACUAGAUGGACGUGCUAUGAACAUACAGUUGGCGACAUCAGAAAUAAGCACAUUCAGAUCUGUUGACAGACCCCGACCAGUAGGUGGAAACAUUGGCAGAAGAAAUUCUAACAGAGGAAAUGCACCAGUAAGAAAUCAAAACAGUGGACGAGUUGGAGGAGGUGGACGAAGAGGUGGCCGAGGAGGGGGUGGCGGUGGUAGAGGUGGUCGACGACCCGUCCCCACAGCUGAGCAGUUGGAUGCUGAACUUGAUGCUUAUGUUAAAGAAAUUAAGUGAAGCACAAUACAUUGUGUUAUAAGACUAAGGUGGUUUAGUUAAGAUUUUAACCAAAACUAUUUUCAAAUAGACAAGUGAAAUAAAUUUCAUAUUCCUCAAAAUAUCAAGUUGACAUGAAGAUGAGCUGUAAUAGAUAUAAUUUUCGUAACAAAAAUUGAUUUUA